AUGGGUAUCCUAGAAAAAAUAGCAGAGAUCGAGAAGGAAAUUUCUCGGACUCAAAAGAAUAAAGCAACCGAGCAUCAUUUGGGCUUGUUAAAGGCCAAAUUAGCACAGUAUAGAGUUCAAUUACUUGAACCACCAAAAGGGAGCUCUAAGUCGGGCGAAGGUUUCGAUGUAAUGAAAUCAGGGGAUGCACGAGUAGUCUUGAUUGGCUUUCCAUCAGUUGGUAAAUCGACACUGUUAAAUAAGCUGACGAAAACUCGUUCAGAAGCUGGAGCGUAUGAAUUUACAACCUUGACCUGUAUUCCUGGAAAAAUUGAAUACAAUGGAGCGAACAUCCAGUUACUUGAUCUUCCGGGGAUUAUUGAAGGAGCAGCACAAGGGAGGGGACGUGGUCGGCAGGUAGUUGCUGUUGCCAAGACUGCAGAUUUGAUUGUUAUGUUAUUGGAUGCAACAAAGUCCCAUCAACAGAGGGCUCUGUUAGAGAAGGAAUUAGAGGCGGUUGGCAUAAGGCUGAAUAAAUCCAAGCCAAACGUGUAUUUCAAAGCAAGUAUAGACUUUUGCUCCAUCACUGUCAAGAGAGGUGGUGGAAUAAGCUUUGUUUCGACUUUCAGGCUAACUCAUUUGACCGAGAAGUUGGUCUAUCAAAUUCUUCACGGUUAUAAAAUAUUCAAUGCUGAAAUUUUGGUACGCGAAGACGUUACUGUGGAUGAGUUUAUUGAUGUAAUUUUGGGAAACAGAAAGUAUGUUAAAUGCCUCUAUUGUUAUAACAAGAUCGAUUCAAUAACUGUAGAAGAAUUGGAUAAAAUUGCACGAGAACCGAACACUGUUGUAAUUAGGCAUGUAGACUGUGAACUGGAUUUAAACCUUCGGCAUCUGUUGGAUCAGAUAUGGAAAUAUCUUGACUUGAUACGUAUAUAUACGAAACGAAGAGGAGAAUUUCCUGAUUUAGAAGGCGGUCUCAUUAUGAGGAAUGGUGCGAAUGUUGAGCAUGUGUGCCAUGCUAUUCACAGAUCGCUCGCGCAUGAGUUUCGUUAUGCUCUUGUUUGGGGAAGGUCUGCUAAACAUAAUCCACAACGCGUUGGAUUAUCACACGUAAUGGAGAACGAAGACGUAAUUCAAGUUGUCAAGAAAAAAUAA